GGUGAAUAAACACGAAAAAUUGCAGAAGUGGAAGAGUCGGCGAUGUUAAAUCUAUAACAAUAACAAGAGAUAAAUGUUUCUUCAUAACUGAUUAUUUAAUACAUAAUGAUUUUUUUUUACGAUUGUGUUUUAUUGAGUUCGUCGUGUAAAAGAAUGACUCGAACUUUAGCCAAUAUCUUGUAAGACGAAACAAGUCAAAGACAAAAUAUUGGAUUUUGCUACAUUAUUGUGCUCGCAGCUUAUCCUGCUGCAUUGUGCAUGUGAGUGGUGAACAUGGUUCAUGCCUUUGUCAUCCACACCCUCUGCCCUGGAAACAGCGGUUCUGGGUCAGUGUGUAGAGUUCUGUACUCUAAGGUGUUCAGCAUCGAGACCUUAGAGGCCACAAGUGAAAACCGUGAAGUAACUCGGCUCAAGCAGAAGGAACAGAUAGCAGCAGUCGCCAGACAAGUCACGUCAGCUUGCAGUUUGUCACGCCAGGCUGCAGGAAAGUCCAUACUUGACUUAUCCCAAACCACUUUGGAUGAAUCUUCUGCUCUUCUGGAUGCCGACUAUGGCGUAUUUAGACUAUUUGCCGGUGAACCCUUCCAGCAAGAAAAGGUGGUGUUAUGGCUAGGGGUAAUUUCUAUUGGCUUCACAAUGGUCUGUGAACCUCAUGAUAAUCUUCUGCUGGCAGAGAAUGUUCUACGUACACUAGCUUCUCAUUGCUUGGAGCACUUGCGCCUUCUGGGACCAGGCACUGACAUCCUUCUAAAAGCUGACCGUACUGAGGCCAUCCUUAAUCGGUUUCUGCCUCAUGGCCAGCUUUUGUUUACUAAUCAUCGCUUCAUGCAGGCUUUGGAAAAGGAUCUAGGGGCUUACAUGGCCAAGUAGUUUGUCUACUGUGUAAAGAAUCAGACUUUUUUCUGUGUGUCAUUUGUAGUCGCUGAAUAAGGAAGUGUUCAGAAACAUCCUGUAGUAACUAACUACUGGCCAUCAGUUGGGAAUUUGUGUAGUUAAAUUCAAAAAUUAAUAUCUGCUGCCUUGUAUUUUUAUCUGUUUGGAAUUUCGCCUUUCAUUGUCUGCCAAACUGGCUAAAUUCCCCCUUGAUUUUCAAAAGUUGAAAGUGUGCAUCUACAAAAUUAUUCCACACGGUGGCAGCCACCAGCAACAAUUAUCAAGUGGGAAAGCAAUUUCUGUUCUUCAUUUUGCAAACGUUGUCAUGGCGUUUUUGCUUUUAAAUCUCAAGUGAAGUGGGGAUUAAGAGUGGUAACCAAGUAAUGCCUGCUGUUUCUUUUUUGCUGUAAUUACACCUAAUAUAACCUUUUAUUAUCAA